UACAGUGCCGCGUCACAGGCGCGGCAGCAUUUGCUUAUGUAACUUUUGGUCAACGAAAUAAUAUCGUUCAGAACGUUCAACGUUCAACAUCCAUGCCACCCAAAACGCCGGAGGACCCAGAACAAAACCCAUAUGAUCUACUUGAAAUCUCACAGGAGGCUACAGAAGCCGAGAUUAGGACAGCCUAUCGAACCCGUUCACUGAAAGUUCAUCCAGACAGAAACAGAAAUGAUCCUAAUGCAGCCCAGAAAUUUCAUGCAUUGACGACCGCUUCCACCCUCCUCCUCGAUCCGCUUCGCCGUCUCGCGCUCGACGCACAACUCCGUCUGCAAGCUGCUAAGAAGCAGCGCUUCGCAUCUUAUGACAAUAAGCGUAAGGCGAUGGUCUCUGAGUUGGAGGAGCGGGAGAAAGAAUUCAAGAAGGCGCGAAUGGCUAAGGAGCAGGAGAGAACUGUGAGGGAGAGUGAAAACAUGAGGAUUCGUGAGGAGGGGCGACGAAUGCGGGAGCAGAGGGAAAAGGAGCUCGAACUGCAGGAAUUGGAACGUCAAUGUGCGAGGACGAAACCCGAGUCGAAUGUCGAAGAAGAAUCCCUCGCUCCGCCGCCUCCCAGUGAUUUGGAUACAACAAUCCUUAUCAAAUAUGCACUGUCAUCGUAUCCUGCGCUUUCUACAGCAUCCGCACUCACAGCCCACCUUCAACGGUAUGGCGAGAUUGAUGAAGGGACGGUGGUGAUGUCGCAGAAAGCCAAGAAGUCGAAAAAGUCCAAGGGAGUUGUAGAUGGCGAGAUGAUAGUGACCGCACUGGUGCCGUUCAAUCAGUUAGGCGCUGCAUUUGCUGUGGUAUCGAGCGCCGAAUCGCUGAAAGAGCGGGGCAUGGACGUGGCAUGGGCAGGUGGAUCUGAGCCUCCGAUCCUAGGCUGGCUCCGCGAACGCGGAGAACUUGGAGGACCCGCGGUCAAUCGUACCGAGCCGCUCCCGACAAAGCCUACUCCAGAGGGGACGACGUUCGGUUCGUUUCCCUCGAGUUUUCCUGAUGUGGCACCGCCACCGCCACCUGCUGCAAAGGCGGGGAUAGACUAUGAGUCGUUGACGCUCCUCCGUAUGCGUGAAGCUGAGCGUGCACGCUUAGAGAAAGAGAUACUGGAAGCAGAAGCUGCUGAGGGCGGCUAGUCUUUCUUUGCUCGCUGAGCAUAUGAUGUCUUCUGACAUCGAACGUUUUGUCGCGAUCUCAAUUUCUGGUGUGAGGUCUAGAGCACCCUGCGCCCUUGGCGCCCUUGAUGCUUCUCGUGGGUAGUAACGAGGGACUACGGUGGAAGGCUAGAG